UUUUGCGUGGCGUCCGGGGCCGAGAACGCGGGGCCCGCGAGCCCCGGCGCUCGGCUCGUGUUCCAUUGCGCUUCCCGAGCCUGUGAAGGACGGAGCCGGACAUGGAGCCGCACAGGUCCCCGUUGUUGGAAGUCAAGGGGAACAUAGACCUGAAGAGACCCCUGCUCAAGGCCACUUCUCGGCUGCCUCUCUCGGGAAGCAGGCUUAAGAGGAGGCCCGAGCAGAUGGAGAAUGCCUUGGAGCCGCAGAAGAAAAGGAUGCGAGGCUUGGACCUGACGACCAAGACAGCCACUUCCCACCCCAGAGCGUCUGUCCUUAACGCAGUUCCCCAGACACAAGCUCCAAAAGUCCCCAGGAAGACGGCACCCCGGUGUUCCACAGUGUUGAAGACUCAGAAGCCAGGCCCGGCCGCUCCUGCCCAGAAACCCAGCACAUCUGCCGCCCCUCCUGUGCCCGGAGGGAAGCGACCCGGCAAGCGCCCGGCCUGGGACAUCAAGGGUCAGUUAUCCGAUGUCAGCGCGGAGCUGAAGUGCUGCCGGGAGAAGGUCCAGGCCCUGACUAGGGAGAACCAGCAGCUCCGGGAGCAGCUCGGGGAGGCUCAGCAGCAGGCCACGACCUUGGGGGCCGAGCGCAGCGCCCGAGAUGAGGAGCUGGUCCAGGCGCGAGCCCAGGUCGCGCAGGGCCAGCAGGAGCUGGAGGUCCUGAAGGGCCGAGUCCUGGAGCUGGAGGAGCGGCUGGGCGCGCAGGAGAGCCUUGUGCGGGAGCUGCAGAGCGAGCAGCGGGGGCUGCGGGAGGAGCGCAGCAUGCUGGCGGAGCGGCUGGACCAGCAGGAGAGGAAGCUGCAGGAGUCCGAAGCAGCCCUGUCGGGCAGCCAGGCGGAGGUGGCGUCUCUGCGGCAGGAGACUGCAGCGCAGGCAGCCCUGCUGACCGAGCGCGGGGACCGGCUCCACGCACUCGAGAUGGAGCGCCGGCGGCUACACAACCAGCUGCAGGAGCUCAAAGGCAACAUCCGCGUGUUCUGCCGGGUCCGCCCAGUGCUGCCGGGGGAGCCCAGCCCGCUCCCUGGCUUCCUCCAGUUCCCCUCUGGCCCUGGCGGCCCCUCGGAAACUCCCACUCGCCUGAGCCUCUCCCGAGCCGACGAGCGGCGAUCCACUCUGAGUGGGGUGCCAGCCCCCACCCUCCGCCACGACUUUUCCUUUGACCGGGUGUUCCCCCCAGGCAGCGGGCAGGAGGAAGUGUUCGAGGAGAUAGCCAUGCUCGUCCAGUCUGCCCUGGAUGGCUACCCCGUGUGCAUCUUUGCCUACGGUCAGACGGGCAGCGGCAAGACCUUCACGAUGGAGGGGGGCCCUGGGGGAGACCCUCAGGUGGAGGGGCUGAUACCUCGGGCCAUGCGGCACCUCUUCUCUGUGGCCCGGGAGAUGAGUGGCCAGGGCUGGACCUACAGCUUUGUGGCCAGCUAUGUGGAGAUCUACAAUGAGACUGUCCGAGAUCUACUGGCCACGGGCAAGGGGAAGGGCCAGGCCGGGGAGUGUGAGAUCCGCCGGGCAGGGCCAGGGAGCGAGGAGCUGACAGUCACCAAUGCCCGCUACGUCCCCGUCUCCUGUGAGAAAGAGGUGGAGGCCCUGAUACACCUGGCCCGCCAGAACCGGGCAGUGGCCCGCACAGCCCAGAACGAGCGGUCCUCGCGCAGCCACAGUGUGUUCCAGCUGCAGAUCUGCGGGGAGCACACCGCGCGGGGCCUGCAGUGUGGUGCUCCCCUCAGUCUGGUGGACCUGGCGGGAAGUGAGCGGCUAGACCCGGCCUUAGCCGGGGGCCCCGGGGAGCGGGAGCGCCUCCGGGAGACACAGGCCAUCAACAGCAGUCUGUCCACGCUGGGCCUGGUCAUCAUGGCCCUGAGCAACAAGGAGUCCCACGUGCCUUACCGGAACAGCAAGCUCACCUACCUGCUGCAGAAUUCUCUGGGCGGGAGUGCCAAGAUGCUCAUGUUUGUGAACAUCUCCCCGCUGGAAGAGAACUUCUCCGAGUCCCUCAACUCCCUGCGCUUUGCGUCCAAGGUGAACCAGUGUGUCAUUGGAACUGCCCAAGCCAACAAGAAGUGAAGACAGACCCAGUUUCUGAGAUGGGGAGUGGAGGGG